AGCGGGGCCGGGGCCGGGCCGGGCCGGGGCAUGGAGGCGCUGUACCAGCAGACCAACCGGCAGCUCCACGAGGUGCAGUCGUACAUGGGGCGCCUGGAGACGUCCGACAAGGCCUCGGUGCACUCAGUGGAAAACGAGAUCCAGGCCAGGAUCGAUGACAUCUGCGGCAGCCUGCAGCGCCUGGAGGUCCUCUGCAGCAAGGAGCCCCCAAGCCGGCGCCAGAAUGCCAAGCUCCGUGUGGAGCAGCUCAAGUACGAUGUGCAGCACCUGCAGACUGCCCUCAGCAACUUCCAGCACCGGCGCCAGGCGCGGGAGCAGCAGGAGAGGCAGCGCCAGGAGCUGCUGGCCAGGACCUUCACUGCCAACGACUCUGCCACCUCCAUCCCGAUCGACGAGAGCCUGCAGUUCAAUGAGUCCCUGCAGAGUGCCCACCGGGGCGUGGACGAGCUGCUGGGCAGUGGCACCAGCAUCCUGCAGGGGCUGAGGGACCAGAGAGUCACACUGAAGGGCACGCAGAGGAAGCUGCUGGAUGUGGCCAACAUGCUGGGGCUGUCCAACACGGUGAUGAGGCUGAUCGAGAAGAGAGCCCUGCAGGACAAGUACCUGAUGGCCGGGGGCAUGCUGCUGACCUGCCUGCUCAUGCUGCUCGUCGUGCAGUACCUCACCUGAGCUGCCAGGCUGUGCCCAGGAGCCGCCUGCCGGCAGGAGGGGCUGCCUGGGCACUGCUCUCCUCCUACUGCCACAGAGCUGGGGAGAGCUGCUGGGGGAGCAGAGUUCCGGGGGGGCUGCAGCUGAGUCUCUGCUGCCCUCCCCUCGCUGCCCACAGCACCAGGGCCUGCUGGCAUGGGAGCCAGAAGGGGGCCUUGUUGCCCUGCUGUGCUGUCAGCGUCCUUUGGGCAGGCAGGGGCAAGGCCAGAGGCAGAGCAGAUGCCCUGAGCCUUCCCUCUGCCAGCUGCAAGGGACCUCUAUGGCUGCCAUCUGUGCUGGCACCGAGGAGCCACCCUGUGUGUGGGCAGAGAGGGGCAGCAGGUGCAGGGCUGCCAGCUGGAGGCUCUCAAAGGGCUGCUGGGGAAGGGCCUCGAGGCAUGGCCACAGCCUCAGCUCCUGCCUGUGCUCCCGCAGUGGUGCCCAGCACCAAGCUGCCUGCCCUGGCCUGGACUUCUCCUCUGAGCUUCUGGCACUUUCCAUCCCUGCUGAGUGCCGCAGUGGGGGCACAUGAAGCCUGUGCCACCUCCCUGCAGCCUGUGCCAGCUCAUCCAGCCUGAGCUGGUUCUGACUCUGUUGUGCUGUGGUUGUGUCCUGAGCUUCUCUGGGGGGCUCUGCUCUGCUGCACCAAAGCUGCAGCUCCUCACUCUGCUCCCACCCGAGGUGGGAAUGGGCCCAGGCCGGAGUGGGCUUAGCUGUUCCUCAUCCUGGGGUGACAGUGGGACCCUUCCUCUUGAAGGCAGCUGGCAGCCCUGGGCCCGAGGCUGUCCCUGCCCGGGGGGGCUGUGAGUGUCCCUCCUUGCCCUGGGGGCAAUCCUCAGAGCGCCUCGCCCCGUGCCCCAGCGGUGACCCCGCAUAAAGCUGUGCCCUCAGCCCUGGGUGCCCACAGUGCAUGCCCACAGCCCUGCCCAGCCUCCUCUCUCUGUGCCUCUGCUUCCCCUGCAGGUCUACGCUGGGCGCUGGGCUGGAGUGGCCCUGCCAAGCUUUUGCCCCUCCCCCCCCACACUUCAGUCUCCCCUCAGAUCCAUUCCCAUCAGCUGUGCCCAGGGCUGCAGUGGUUCCAGCCCUGGCACAGGGGCCCUGGCAUAGAGGUGCCCUGGCAGAUGGCCUCGAGCUGGAGUGGUGCUGGGUCUGUGGGCAGCAUCAGCUGAGCAGUGCCACAUCCUGGCACUGCUGCCCUCAGCUUUGCUCCGAGUCCCCAGGCUGGGCCAGGGCAGGCUGUGCUCGGGAGGAGCAGGUGCGAGGGGCUGCAGCCACAGCCACAGCUCCUCCAGCUCUGUGGCUGCUUUGGUGCUUGGUGCAGGUCCCAGGAGGUGCAGAGCCCAGAGCAGAGCUCACAACUGGAGCAGCUGGCACAGAGCACUCAGCACCAUACUGGGAAGCCAGGGCAGGAGCUGGGCCAGCGGUGGCUGCUGCCCAUGCCAAGAUGAGCCUGGGGGCACUCACUGGAGGAGAGCAGGAGGGUGUUCCCCACGGCCCUCUGGCAGCCCCUGCCCUGCUUCUCACUGCCUUUGAUGCUCUUCACCUUCAGCCUGCUGGGGGGGGGGCAGGGAGGCCUUCAGAGCCACUUUGAGCCUGAGGGAGCAGGAAUGAGAAGGAGCAGAGGAGGUCUGCAGUGAGGGUCCCCUCUGUGCUGGGGGUGCAGUGGGGGUCCCCCUGUUCCCCUGUUGUCUUUACCCCAAGGUGGCUGCAGCUCAUCCCAGCUGCCCAGCCUGGGCAGUAUCUCACCCCUGUGCCCUCUGCCAUGGUGUCAGGUGGGCACACUGCAGGGGCUCCCUGGCAGGUGGUGUGUUCUGUGAGCUGCUCCCCCGAGGCUGGUUUGGUGCUUGGAGGGCAGUGGGAGGUGCUCAGGGGCUGGGUGGUGGUGCCCUGCUGCAGCAGGGUUUGCCUGGCACCCAGCGGGACUCAGCUGCCUUGUGGUUGUGCCCUGGUUCUGAGGGGCCCCAGGCCUGGCACUGGAGGCCCUGUUUGUGCUUUCAGAGCCCCCCGGGCCUUGCACAGAGCCCUGCCCCUGCUGCCCGCUGAGGCCGAGGGUGGCUGAGCUGUGGGGCCUGCAGGAGCCACUUUGCUGCCUGGGGUUGAGAUGCUGCAGCCGCAGGCACGGGGGAGGUGCUGCAGGAGCAGCUGUGCUGGCUGGGACCGCCCUGGGCACCCUCCCUGGCACCGACCUGGGUCUCUGCUGUGGCACAGGAUGGAGCUGGCACCCUGCUGGCUUCACACCUGCUGCAGCUUUGUCUGUGCCCUUGGAGCUCUUUGGCUGCUGUCCCACAGGGCACUGCAGUUGGCCCUGCCACGGUACCAGCGUUGAUGCCAGGGGGGGCGAGAGGGGGUGGGGCCUGCCCGAUGGCAAUAAAGAUUUUUCCAGCAACCUGAA